AUGAGUUCUACGAGUAAGGCAUGGACCGUGGCGGCGACCAUUGGAGUCGUGGAGGCAUUGAAAGACCAAUUAGGCGUUUGUCGAUGGAACUACGUUCUCCGUUCUAUGAAUCAGCAUCUCCGGAAUAACGUCAGACCCAUUUCUCAGACCAAAAGGUUCUCUUCCGCCGCCGCCACCACCACAGCCGGUAAUGCGAAGCAUGCGGAGGAAUCGCUCCGGACGGUCAUGUACUUGAGUUGUUGGGGUCCCAGUUGA